GACUCCUUAGACGACUUCUUGGCCGACCGUCGCCCCGGGGCUCUUGGCCUGGAGGAGGAGCCGCCUCUCUUCGAGGAGCAGUGCUUGCACUGGUGGUCCAACGAAUGCCCCCUCUUUGUGGUGGAGCGAUGUUGUGCUUCCAUACCGGUCGCCAAGGACCCGGACAGCCCUGAGCGCUUUGACGGAACCCUCCGGGUUGCCUUCGCAUUGCACAGGCCGAAGGCUGUCAGCAAGCACCAGGAGGAGCAUCAAGUCAAGCCGUUCGAGAUAGACUGGCUGGGAGGGUAUUGGAAGUUGCCCAAGACAGCGGUGUCCGAUGGCCAAGCUGAGAAUUUGGAAGACAUCCACAACCGCAUCGUGAGCUCCUUCAAUUCCGUGGACAAGCGGACGGCCCCUUUGCCUGAGGAGCAACUGCAAGAGGUUUACGAUGCCCUGACGCCGGCGCUGCCGCGAAUCUUCAGCUCCGGGACAAUCAGCGUUCAGAUGAUCAUGAACGUCUACCGGCAGGACGAACUGUUCUGCGCUUUUGCGUUAGCGCGCGUUGCAGCAGCCAUGCGCGUUGACCAUCUGGAGCGUGCGCUGGGACUCUUCGACUUGGCAAAGAGGAAGGUCAAAGUGCCUUCCCAGCACACCGCCGAGUUUUUGCCAGAGAUCUCGGUCCUUUCCUACAUCGAUCGCAAUGUCGGUGUCUGCUCGGUGCCUCCACUUCUGUGA